UCUCUCUCUCUCUCUCUCUCUCUCUCUCUCUCUCUCUCUCUCUCUCUCUCUCUCUCUCUCAGUUCUAUCCAGUUUGCUGAUGGAGCGAUGCUGUAGGGGUUGACCCGUUUGCCUCUUCUAGUGUUGUAUCUGCUUCUGCCCCACCCAAACCUGUUUCCCCUUUACCCUGGAGCUUCAACUGUACAGCAAUGGUGGAUGUAAUCAAAUGGCCACUGUUUAGCCUCUUGAGUGCACAGGACGCUGCUUCAAUACGUCAGGCGUGCGUGUUUGGAACAUCUGCCAAUGAGGUGAUCUACAUCACCCAUGAUAACGAGGUGUACGUCUUUGGGCUGAACUGCAGCAACUGCCUGGGCACAGGGGACAUCACAAGCACCAUCGUCCCUAAAAAGCUAAACUGUCUGAGUGGGAAGAAGGUGGUCAGUCUAAGCUAUGGCAGUGGGCCACAUGUGCUGCUCACAACAGACGAAGGCCAGCUGUACGCAUGGGGACAUAACAGAUACAGUCAGCUAGGGAAUGGCACCACCAAUCAGAGAGUGUCUCCUGUGCUUGUAUCUACUAACCUCCAGAGCAAGAGGGUGAUCGAGGUGGCUUGUGGAUCACACCAUUCAGUCGCCCUGACCCAUGAUGGAGAGGUGUUUGCUUGGGGCUAUAAUAACUGCGGUCAAGUAGGAUCAGGUUCUACAUCCAACCAGCCCACACCACGCAGGGUCUCCAGCUGCCUCCUUAACAAAGUAGUGGUCAGCAUAGCCUGUGGUCAGACUUCUUCCAUGGCGGUAACGGACAACGGAGAGGUGUACGGUUGGGGAUACAAUGGUAAUGGACAGCUUGGUUUGGGGAACAAUGGAAAUCAGCUGACACCAUGUCGUCUAGCAGCGCUGCAGAGUGUUUGCAUCAUGCAGAUAGCCUGUGGUUAUGCCCACUCACUUGCACUAACAGACGAGGGACUGUUAUACGCAUGGGGAGCCAACACUUAUGGCCAGCUUGGCACAGGCAACAAGAGCAAUCAGCUUAGCCCUGUUCAGGUCAUGGCUGAGAAAGAGAGGCUUGUGGAGGUAGCAGCCUGUCACUCCACACACACCUCGGCAGCGAAGACGCAGAGUGGCCGGGUGUAUAUGUGGGGCCAGUGCAGAGGCCAGUCCAUUGUCUUACCCCACCACACUCCUUUCAGCUGCACCGACGACGUCUUCGCCUGCUUUGCAACACCGUCUGUCAUGUGGAGACUCCUGUCCGUGGAGCACGAUGAUUUCCUGACUGUGGCCGAGUCUCUGAAGAAAGAGUUUGACAGCCCUGAGACUUCAGACCUCAAAUUCAGCAUAGAGGGCAAAUUCAUUCAUGUCCACAAAGCAGUGCUUAAAAUUAGAUGUGAACACUUCAGAUCCAUGUUUAAUUCCAAGUGGAAUGAAGAUAUGAAAGAGGUGAUUGAGAUCGAUCAGUUCUCCUACCCAGUGUACAGGUCCUUCCUCAAGUUCCUCUACACAGACAUAGUAGAUCUUCCUCCAGAGGAUGCUAUUGGACUGCUGGAUCUGGCAACUUCGUACUGUGAGAACAGGCUAAAGCGGCUAUGUCAGCACAUCAUAAAGCGUGGCAUCACUGUGGAAAAUGCUUUCUCCCUGCUUUCUGCUGCAGUCAGAUACGAAGCUGAGGAUCUUGAAGAAUUCUGCUUUAAGUUCUGUGUGGACCAUCUGACUGAGGUGACUCAGACUGCAGCAUUCUGGCAGUUUGACGGGAACAUGCUGAAGGAGUUUAUCUGUAGAGCCAGCCGCUGUGGAGCUUUUAAAAACUAAAUAAUCAGCUAAAUUUUCCCAUGAGUGCAGCUGUUACUACAAACUCAUUUGCACCACUAGAGGGCACUCUGCUCGACUGUUACCGCCUGCAUUUUGAGCCCUUUUGCUUUAUUACAGAUAUCCGAGAAGGAGAAUGUUUGUUUUUGUUCAUUCAAAUGGCGUGAACAAUUUUUUUAUAAAGGGUUGUUUUUGUAAAGGGUUUUUUAUAAAGGGUUGUAUCUUAAUAGAUGCUUUCUAGAAGAAAUAGAUUUUUCUUUAUGGGGAGCUGUUUUGUUUCACAGAGUAAUAGACAUUGUUUUUCCAUUAGACUUUACAGCACUUGGGUUGACAAUGGCAGUUAGGUCAUCUUCACUUCUGUUACAGAGAUGUGUAACCUGUCAGUCUUUAACUCUAUAAUCCUCGCUGGAAUCUGUUUAAUUUACAAUUGACAGUGUAGAGUCAUGGUAAUGUCCUAACAUGCCUGCUGGCCUUAUUGGGCUUGUUUGGACUGUAGUGGGAACUGAAUAACAUUUUUUUUUUUCUUUUUUAAUGGUAUUUCGAAUAUGUUGCUAUGCUAUGCAUCAUUGUACAAUAUUUUUGCCCCCAACAACACUAAACCCCAAUCCUUACCCCAGUGACAUCACAUUCCAAUUGGCAGAGCCAGGGUUAAAGCAACAAGAGAGAUUAAUGGGAGUUUUCUUUCCUAAUCUGGUGCGGCUCAGUUAUUAUUCAUUUCAGUUGGAGCACCUCUUAUGUUCGCUGCUCCAGUGUUGAUCAUGACACUUUAGCAAAGUCUUUAAUUCACUGCAUUCCGUAUGUAGAGACAUACAUCACUACACAUGUCCACUUGAGGAAACCUCUUUUUUUAAUCAGAAAUUCCAUGGAUGCUCAGUUGAAGUUUCAGUGCUUAAUCUACAAGACCUAUUGGCUGAGAAUUUUAGGCAAACAACCAGCUGGAUGCAAAGCUGCACAUUAAAAUGCACUGUUACCUAUAGUUCAUUUUUUAUGGCUCUCUUUGUGUUUGUUUAUGGUAAAUGCUUGUGAAUGUUUAAAAAAAAAAGCAAAAAGUUUCCUUUUUUGAGAAAUGUAUAUAUUGUAUAGAUUUUGCAAUAAAUUAAGGGGCGGUUUCCUGGACAGGGCUUAACACUAAUCUUAGAAUUAAAUGCACAUUUAACCUGGAUUAACUGAAAAAGCACUUCUCAGACAUGGUUUAGAAUAGUCUCAGACUUUCCUUAGUCUUAAAUUAUAAAGUCAGAUUUCCUAAAGGAUGAUCAGAGGUAGUCUAGGUUUAAGUGAAGGCAUAACUUACACUUGGCCAGAGGCAUAUAUUAAUACAUUUUGUGGUAUUAGAAUUGAGAAAGAGGGGAGAAUGGAGAAAGAGACACUGCCAUCUUUUUAAAAAAAAAAAAAAAAAAAAAAAAAGAAUCUGAAAUUAGAAAAGCUAUUGAGUGCCUUAAUAUUUUCUCGUCUGUUUCCAGUUUAUGUUUACACAUGUAAAAAUGUGUGUUUUUCCUUUGAAAACAUGUAUUUAUAAUAACAUACUGGGUAUUCCAGUAAAAGAGAUAGUAGAUUAUUUAAGGACCAGAAUCUGUAAGGACCAAAAGGAGAGAAAUAAUUAAAAUUCUACACCAAUUAUUAGGAAAGUUAAACAAAAAUUAAACUCCUGGCUAAUGAGAGAUCUAUCAUUAAAAGGAAGAAUAUUAUUAUUAAAAACUGAAGGGUUUACAUGCUUAGUGUAUACAUCUCUUGCAUUAGAUGUUCCACAAUCUGUUAUAAAAGAGGUAGAAACUAUUUUGUUCAAUUUCUUCUGGAAGAACAGACCACAUUAUUUCAAAAGAACAGUUAUAUGUAACCCAACUGAAGAUGGUGGUCAAAAUGUACUUGACUUUAAUACUGCUAACCGUGUAUUUAAAAACAAAUGGAUAAAGAACUACUUGAACGCUAAAGACAAGAUGUGGAAUAUCAUCCCUGAAUUAAAUUUUUAUAAAUUGGGGGGUUUAGAAUUUUUUUUAGCUGUAAUUUUGAUGUAAACAAGGUUCACAUAAAGCUUUCUUCUUUUUAUAAACAGGUUAUUGUAUUAUGGAUGCUCAUUUUUAAGCAUAUCUUUUCUCCACACAACUCUGAUUUGGAACAACAAAUAUAUUAAGUUUAAAAAUAAAUCUUUAUUUUACAGAAA